AUGGCAACUUCCGUUUACAACGUGGGGAUACAGUCUCUCCGGUUCGACGAAAACUUUAAGUCGGUCGCUUUCGAGUCCUUUGCGCUACCAGCCAGCAAUCAGCGUAACUUAGGAGCACCUCAUUUAAAUGACACAGUAAUACCCCUCGCCCUGAAGCCAUCUGCCCAUGACAAGGCCCAAGUGGACCUUGAUGCCGUCAUAGAAAGCAUCGAGCGUCUCCAGGCCCGAUACAGCACUCUGACUAAUCUGCUGGUCCGUCAUGGAACCCUGCUCUUUCGCGAUCUACCCAUCCACAACGCCCACGAAUUCAGCAGAUUUGCAUAUGCGUUUGGGUAUAAGCCCCAUGAAAUCAUCGGCAUCGUCGUUGACCGACCGUUGCUAGCACCCAAUGUGGCGCCAGCAAAUGAGUCGCCCAAGGAAGUCCUAAUCUACAACCACAACGAGUCUCCCCAGGUUCCCCAUGCACCAGGGUAUAUCUUCUUCUACAGCCACCGAGCCCCGGAAUAUGGCGGCGAAACCCCCAUCUCCUCAUCACUUGAGCUGUUUGCCCGAGCACAGGACGAAAUUCCCGAAUUUAUCUCUGCGAUUGCCGACAAAGGCGUCUUGAGCAAAGUAACCUACAAGCAAGAGCAGCAAUAUGCUGGCGGGUCAACUAUAAAACAGGCCUUUGGAAAAGAAAUCAAGGACAGUGAUGACGAAGCUACGAAGCGUGCAAAGAUCGAGACCCAGAUUUCCCGCUACAAUAGGGGUAGAUUCACGACAUGGGAGUGGACUGAGGACGGCUCCAUUAUCGUUACACACCGGCUGCCGGCCAUCCGCACGCAACCGCAGACGAACCUGCCCACACUGUUCACUGCACUCGCGGCUCUAUACAAGAACUCGGCGGCCAACAAAAGCCUUGGAAGGAGGUACAAUAACGAACAGCUCUUUGGCGACGGCACUCCCAAUCCGGAGAAGUACCUGGCUCAUCUGGCCAAGAUCACAGAUGAAAUCCGCGUCUUGCACAAGUGGCAGGGGGGCAACGUGCUGGUCUACGAUAAUACAAUUGCCCAGCAUGGCCGUGAGCCUUGGGAGGGUGAGCAAAGUGACCGGGUCGUGCUGGCUAGCCUGUUCGAUGGGGAAGAGGUCCCUGGUGCAUAUGGGACACAAGAGUGGGCUCAAGUGGUUCGGGUCCUCAACGAUUAA